GACAUCAAGCCAAGCCUUUUGUGAAAUGAUAAAUUAUAAUAGCUCAGGAUUUCACAAACUGUUUUAUCACGGUAAUGAAAAUGAGGACAUAGAGGACUUUAUCUUCGACUUUGAGAUGUAUGCAGAGUCAAAGCAGUGGGACGACAAUAGAAAGAAAAAGGUGGUUAGUUUACAUGUUGCAGAUAAAACCACGAAAACGAAAUUUUAUGUGGAAGAAAAGGUCGCAAGGUUGAUGAGAAUAAAGCAAAAAGAUAAUGAAUCUGUAGUUGGGUAUUUCAACAGAUUCGAGUCACUUGCUUAUAUAAUAAAAGAUGAAGUAGAAGAGCAUUUUUCAUCCAAUUAUAAUGAAGUAACGAAUUUAGCUGUAAAAAUUAAAAGGUAUAACAAAGAUAAUGAAUAUAAUAUGCAAAGGGUAAACAAGAUGCUAAUAGAAGGAAUGAAUGAAAAUAUUAUAAUUGAUAUUGAAGAGUUGACGAGAGCGAUGGAAACCUUAAAAAUAUUGUGA